AGAAGCAGUCCUCAGAAUCUGAGAAACUCACUUCUAAACAGAAGUCCACACUCCACCACUGACAAAAUGACUCACUCCUGCUGCUCCCCGUGCUGUCAGCCCACCUGCUGUGAGCCCAGCUGCUGUCGGCCUUGCUGCCCCCCAGCUUGCUAUCAGACUAGUGAAAACACCUGCUGUAGGACCACCUGCUGCAAACCCACCUGUGUGACCACCUGCUGUCAGCCCACCUGCGGUGGGUCCAGCUGCUGCCAGCCUUGCUGCCUCCCUGCCUGCUGUCAGACCACCUGCUGCAGGACCACUUGCCUCAAGCCUGUUUGUGUGACCACCUGCUGCCAGCCCACCUGCUGUGAGUCCACCUGCUGUCGUCCUUGCUGCCCACCAACUUGCUGUCAGACUAGUGAAAACACCUGCUGUAGGACCACCUGCUGCAAACCUACUUGUGUGACCACCUGCUGCCAGCCCACCUGCUCGAGACCCAGCUGCUGCCGGCCUUGCUGCCCCCCAGCUUGCUAUCAGACUAGUGAAAACACCUGCUGUAGGACCACCUGCUGCAAACCCACCUGUGUGACCACCUGCUGUCAGCCCACCUGCGCUGGGUCCAGCUGCUGCCAGCCUUGCUGUCGCCCUGCCUGCUGUCAGACCACCUGCUGCAGGACCACCUGCCUCAAGCCUCUUUGUGUGACCACCUGCUGUCAGCCCACCUGCUGUGGAUCCAGCAGCUGUGGACAAACCUGCAGUGGGUCCAGGUGCUGUCAGCCUUGCUGCCAGCCAGCUUCCUGUGCACCCGUGUACUGCCACAGAACCUGCUACCACCCCACAUGCUGCUGCCUGCCUGGGUGCCAAGACCAGAGCUGUGGAUCCAGCUGCUGCCAGCCUUGCAGCCGCCCUGUCUGCUGUCAGACCACCUGCUGCAGGACCACCUGCUGCCGCCCUAGCUGUGUGUCCAGCUGCUGCCAGCCUUCCUGUUGCUGAUCACCUCACCAAAGUUUCCCCAUCCCCACACAACAUCAUUUGUUAACUAGCUUGCUAUUGUGUGGACAAAAUCACUUACUAGACUUUGCCGACAACUAGCAUGUUCUCCCAGAAUUUCUAUUACUCUUCUCCUGUUUAAAAGCUUGUGAGUCAGCUGAAUGGAGUGAAAAAGGCUUCCCCUAUCUCUUCUUUCCCUGUGUGGGGAUAAUAUAUCAAUUUCAUGCAUCCUUCAUAUGGAGUUUGUCUGGGUAUUAACUCUGAUGUCAAGAUCUACUUCUUAGUCAUUCUAAAUAAUUUUUGAAAACAAAUCCUCAUAACACUUUCAUAGGUUUCUGCAAUUGACCAUAAUCUUCAUAAACAUAUUUUCUUUAUCGGUGUACUCAGGGAUCCUGUAACUUGCUUUCUUCCUUAAGACCACUUUGUGUUCUCUUCCUAGAUGCAGGAGUCUUACAUACCUGUAUCUUAAUAAAUUCGAUUCCACAAUUCA